CACCUGGUGUUAUAUUUGAUAAGAUCUGAGGUCUGUAAAGUUUAACUACAGCGAUUUUAUUUGCCAACAGAAGGCAAAAUGUCUGUUUUGCCAGUUUUCGCUGUUUUGUGUAUUUAUUGUUUGCAACAAGUGACCCUCCAGACUCCACAGGUUUCCAUUAAAGUUGAUGUAGAGAAGGUGAUCCAGGACAUUGAUGAGGAUGUAUUCAUGGGGGUCACGCUGGACUGCUACUUGAUGCAGGACAAUUGGGAAGGAUUUGACUUCAGAAAUGGACGUAUGUUGAAUCUUGCAAAGGGGAUCGGUCCAUCGUUUCUCCGCAUCGGGGGUACGGCAUGCGACUCGCUCACCUUUGACCCUAACCGACUCGGAAAGAAACAUGUUUCCAAAUUGGUUCGCCCGCCCUUUACAACAAAUUUCACCAUGACAGCGGAAGACUGGGACAAUUUCAACAUGUUUGUGAAGAAGGUUGGAUGGAAGAUGAUCUUUGGCAUCAACGCCAAGAAACGAGAUGGAGCUGAGUGGGAUCCAUUGAAUGCCCUUGUAUUGUUGAAGUACACUGCGGACAAAGGGUAUCCCAUCUAUGGAUUUGAACUUGGAAACGAACCUGAUAUUUUCCCAAAGAGUGUGUCUCCGGAGCAGCUGGGCGACGACUUUGCUGUUUUACAGAGAGAGUUAGAGUCUCUGCCAUUUGGAAAGUCAUUGAUCAUCGGCCCAGAUACUACAGGUGUCGGACAGUACGUGGACGAUUUCUUAAAAGGAGAUGGUGGAGGUGUUAUCAACGCUGCUACAGUCCACCAUUACUACUUUGAUGGUAGACAUUCAGUGCUCAGUAUGUUCAUGGACACAAGCAUAAUGGACAGCCUCAAGUCUAAGAUCGAAUCUUUUCUCUCUAUGGGAAAUGCCCGCAUCCCCGGGAAACCAGUGUGGCUGGGCGAGACGUCAUCAGCCUACAACACAGGAACUCCCGGGAUAUCCAACUCAUAUGUUGCAGGAUUCUUGUGGAUGGACAAACUGGGCCUCAGUGCCAAAAUGGGUGUGAAAGCUGUUCUCCGCCAGGAUUUCUAUGGAGGAAACUAUAGUUUGGUACAACAAAACACCUUCUACCCCAACCCAGAUUACUGGCUGACUGUACUGUACAAAAGACUGGUUGGAAGUCACGUCUUCAACCUCACAUCCACGGCCGACAAGUCUGUCCGAGUGUAUGCCCACUGCGCCAAGCAAACCAGCGUGUACAAAUAUGGUGCAGGCAGUGUUGUAGUUUACGCCAUGAAUCUCCACACCUCUGACGUCACGCUGACUGUACCCCAAUUUGCUGGACAGACUAGAGAUGUGUACUGGCUCACCUCACCCAACAACAAUCUUACAGCCACUACCGUGGACCUUAAUGGAGCACCCAUCAACCUGGUCAACGACGAUCUACCUCCCCUGACUCCCAGCAAGCUUAGUACAGACGUUACCAUGCCACCGACUUCAUUUGGGUUCCUGGUAUUCCCAGAGGCUGGAGUUUCAGCAUGCACCAGCAAAUAGUUACCUAUGGCCUUGACACUUGACCCCUCUGGCCAUGUGACUUCAUGCUCAUAUUCAGAUUUUGAAUAAAUUCAAUUAUGCAUAUAAACUAAUUUAGCUACACCAUCUGUAUAAUUGAAUAAGGAACGAAUAUGCGUCCAUGUUCGUUGUGUUAAUUACACUGACAUGUAGCCACUGAAAUGAAAAUAGUUUUCAGAAAACAACUGUUGUUCAAUUAUCUUUAAAAAUAUUAUAUAAAUAAGCCCAUAGACUCUCUUCUUUUUCACCAACUGCUAUAAUCUAGUCUUGCCAACUACCAUAGACUGGCAUAAUAAACAUUCGGGUUAUG